GAAAUAUAUUUUUUUUAUAGAAAAUGUUUUGUUUUUCUGUUGAGUUCGUGUAUGCGUCUUAUGAUUUCUACAAAUGAUAAGUGAAGUCACAGCAGUAUUCGCUAAUCAACAAAUUUUAGUGAUAACAUCCCGGGGAUAUCCUAACAAUUAACUCUUAGAGAAUUUUGCGGAGAAUCUACCUUUUUACUCGUGGGUGUUUUUAUUUCUUAUCUAAAAUGGACGCCUUUCUAGAAGAAUAUUAUCGCAGAAAUGAUCCCAAGACCUUGAAGGAUUGUGGUGAUAAGUAUAAAAUGUCAAUGUUGUCUGAUAAGACUAUACUUAAAAUCUUUGAUACGAUGAGCAUCAGGGAGCAAUUGGACUUAUCUGAUUCCAGUGACAGACUUGCAAAAUUAUUUGAAAUUUAUGGUACAGAAAAAUACAAGGUUUUCGAUAUGAAAACAUUGAAAGACAUGCACCCAAAACUUGUAACAAGAUUCUUUAAAAAAGUUGGGUAUCUAAUUCGUACUCUGAUUGGUAUAAUUACUUAUCACAAGCGCGAGGAAACCAUUAGCUAUAUCGUAAACUACACUACCAAAAUAAAGACAUUGCGUCUAUGGCACUCGGAAGUAAAAGUGGAUAAUUUACAUCAUAUGUUCCUGAAUAAUAACUCACUAAUUCAACAUCUGUCAUUGGUAAAUUGUAACCUCAAUGACUAUAGCAUUGUUCCAAUAUUGCAACUUCGUGCGCUUAGAAGCCUCUCGAUUGCGUACAAUAAAGGCAUAACUGGUAAAUAUUUGAGUGAACUACGUGGGUUGCAUCUAUUGGAUAUUUGUGGCUGUGUAUUUUUUGAAGCCGAAAAGUUAUUAGAGAUCGCAAGGCUUGUAUACUAUUUGCGUGUAUUAAAUAUUCAGGAUUGUCAUUGUGUUGAUGAAAGUUUGAUUGAUUCUCUUGGAACCUGUGCGCUUGCAUUGGAAAAACUUAUCAUAACUGCUAACACCAGUGAAAUAUAUAAAGCCCUUCCGAAGCUUCGGCCGGUUACAAAAUUUGAAAUAAAAUGCAUUGAGCCUCCUGAGCCGAGUUUUUUUAAGCAUUUAGUUAGCAAGAAAAGAGAAGUAUUAGAGAGUUUAGUCUUGAGACAAAAUUCUGGAUUGACAACGGAAACUAUCAAGAUUUUGUCAUCAUUAGAGAAUCUCCGUGAAAUUUAUUUAGGAGCACGUUGUAUAUAUGACAAGUGUGGCUUAAAACCGUUUAGGAAAUUGGGAUACUUGGAAAGAAUUGUUAUUAAGAACUGUAUUUGUUUGAACAAUGAAGAUGUAUUAUUCUUGAUUGACCACUGCACUCAGUUGACCGAACUUCGAAUUAUAAAAUGCCCAACUGUUACAGCACUAUUCUUUGAACCGAUUAUGGAUAGAAUAAAGCGUAGCCUCAAACAUCAGAUAUAUAAAUGUUCUUGCGGCUUAACCCUGGGCAUCAGUACCUUAAACUCGCAGAAUCAUACGUGUAAAUAUAUAUACAACAAUUGUGAUUGUGAUAUGUUCCCUGUGGAUGACGAUUUUACAAAGAUUUCAAAUACUAUAAAUUAAUACAAGAGUGAUUUUCGAAUAGAAAAUAAUUUGGCUUAUAUUUUCUAAAGCUAUAUAUAUAAAUUUAUCAUCGUAUACCAAGCGUAUCAUAUACCAAAUGUAUUUUUGACUUGCCUACCUUAUUUUUUCUUAGCAUAUAUUCACAAGACUUAGCGAUAUGUAAACCAAACUUAAAUUCAAAAUUAAAGCAAAUAAUAUUUUUAAGUAACAGAA